GCGCGGCGGGCGCGGAGUUGCGCGACGCUCCCUGCCCCCGCCCGCCGCCCGCUCCCCGUCCCCUGCGGCCGCGGCGGGGCGCGGAGUUUGCCUCGGUCCCUGCGCGGCGGCUGCCAUGUCCCAAGAUGGCGGAGGCGGCGGAGCUGAAGGAGUCAGAGUGUGUCACCACCUUUGCCCACCAGACUGUGGAAUAUGAAAUUGCCCCUGGCUGGAAUAUAGGUUUUAGCUGGCUGAAGUGGCCUGGGAGUCCUGCCCCCUUCCCUGCACUGGGAACACAUAUGGUUAUGAGCUUUAGGGUAUCAGAGUUACAAGUUCUCUUGGGCUUUGCUGGAAGGAACAAAAGUGGAAGGAAGCACGAACUUCUCACCAAGGCGUUACAGCUGCUGAAAUCUGGCUGCAGCCCGGCUGUCCAGAUGAAAAUUAAAGAACUUUACCGCCGGAGGUUCCCAAGAAAGAUCUUAACCCCUUCGGACUUGUCCAUGCUCCACAUUCAGGCGAGGCAGCUGCCCUCGGCCACCGCGCUGACGCAGGGCACGGUGUGUCACCUGCCCUAUGACCACAGCUCGGCCGCGGCUGCCGUGCCGGCGGCUCUGCUGCCUCCGGCGCCCGUGCUGGGACCCAAGCACGAGACGGAUGUUCAGCACCUAUCGCCGCCCAUCCAUCCCGUCCAUCCCGACGUCAAGAUGAAGAGGCUGCCAUUCUACGACGUCUACGAUGAGUUGAUAAAACCCACCACGUUAGCCUCGACGAACAGUCAGCGGUUUGAAGAAGCUCACUUCACCUUCGCUCUAACCCCCCAGCAGGUUCAGCAGAUCCUCACCUCCCGAGAUAUCUUGCCAGGUGCCAAAUGUGAUUACACGAUACAGGUGCAAUUAAGGUUUUGCUUGUGUGAAACCAGCUGUCCCCAAGAAGAUUACUUCCCUCCUAAUUUAUUUGUCAAGGUCAAUGGAAAACUCUGUCCCCUGCCUGGUUAUCUCCCACCCACAAAAAACGGCGCGGAGCCGAAGCGACCCAGCCGCCCCGUCAAUAUCACCCCCUUGGCGCGCCUUUCGGCGACCGUCCCCAACACGAUUGUGGUGAACUGGUCCUCGGAGUUCGGCAGGAACUACUCCCUGUCGGUGUACCUGGUGAAGCAGCUGACGUCGGUAACGCUGCUCCAGAAGCUAAGAGCCAAGGGCAUCCGGAAUCCAGACCAUUCACGAGCCCUGAUCAAAGAAAAACUAACAGCUGAUCCUGACAGUGAGAUAGCUACAACCAGCUUACGAGUUUCCCUGAUGUGUCCACUGGGUAAGAUGAGGCUGAUCGUGCCCUGCCGAGCCAUCACCUGCACCCACCUCCAGUGCUUCGACGCAGCGCUCUAUCUCCAAAUGAAUGAGAAGAAACCCACCUGGACUUGUCCCGUCUGCGAUAAGAAAGCCCCGUAUGACAACCUGAUAAUCGACGGGUUGUUCAUGGAAAUCCUGAACUCCUGCACGGACUGCGAUGAGAUACAGUUCAUGGAGGACGGCUCCUGGAGCCCCAUGAAGCCGAAGAAGGAGAACCAGGAGGUGUGCCAGACGGCUGCGUUCAGUGGGAUCGAGGCCACCUCCCUUUACACGGUGAGCUCCGAGGGCAAGAACUCUUCGGAGGGCAAAAAAAAAGUGGAGGUUAUUGACCUGACCCUGGAGAGCUCGUCGGACGAGGAGGAGCCACCGGCCAAGAAGCAGUGCCCGGUCUCCGGCGUGGCUCUUCCGACGGCGGCUGGUCCCAAGGGGGUGUUAAGUAUUGAUCACCGGCCGUCUUCCGUGCUUCGGAGUCCUCCCAUGGCAGCUCUCGGCAGCGACUAUCUCUCCAACCUCCCCAUUCCUGACUACCAUCCCUCCUACCAGGUGCCUUCAGAGCUUCAAGGUCUGGAUUUGUUUUCCUUCCUUCAAAGCGAAAAUCAGCAUUACAGCCCGUCCGUCAUCACCUCCCUGGACGAGCAGGACGCGCUCGGCCAUUUCUUCCAGUACAGAGGCACGUCCGGCCACUUCCUAAACAUGAAUCCCCUGGGCCCCGUGAUGGCAGGAUCCCACAGCGCCGUCAGCCCGGCCGGCGGCCGCAUCAGCAGCAUCGUCUCCACCAGCUCCCUGCGAGAGAGCCACGGACACAACGGCACAAUCAGUAGCACCGCCGCGGCGCUCCCGGGCUGCCGGCCAGACAUCAUUUCCCUGGACUGAGCCCACACCGAUGGCCGUUAUUCCCUCUCCCAGGGAUGGGAGACAGAUUCCCCGUAAGACUGGGAGACGAGGGCAGAUUCCCUGUCGGAUUGGCUUCCCUGUCCCGGGGCUGGAAGGACCCGACCGAGCAGCGUUGGGUUGUGUCUCUCCUCUCUCUGUGGAGGCCGUCUUCCCCCCGCGCAGCCCCCAGGCCUUGCGAGGGAGGGGUUCCCAGUCUUCUGGAUGCAUCCCACGGCUGUAUCCGUGCUCGCGCCUUCCCGAGUGCGUUGGGAUGUGGGCUGGGGAGUGCGUGUUUCUGAGGGGGGGAGGUGUGUGUGCGUGUGGGUGUGUGUGUCACCAAACCCAAGUAUUUUAUUUAAAACCUUUUAUAUCGUGUAGGAUUCUGCUACAGCUAUCAAAGAGCUGGGGAGGGGAAGGCAGCCGCCCGCUCCGCCCCGGGGCCCCCAUGGGCCCUCCCAGGCGAGGCCGGGACCCCCUCCUGAGCGUCCCCCCUUUCCCCCCGGGAAAUUAUUCCUCAUUUCUAAUGGAAGGCGGCAGGGGGAGAGCCGAGGGGCGCGGGGCUGUGUUGGAGGAGGAGGAGGACGGGGGGAAAUGGGGGGA